AUGAGUCGUAAAACCGAUCAGGUGAGUGUUUUUUUUGUUAGGUGUGUAAAAUACAUACAAACAAGUUUUUUUUAGGUUGUUCAAAUCUCUGAAACUGCUUUUUGGAGUGAUAUUAAGGAUGAAUAUAUACAAAAAUUGGCGAAUACGGAUCCAAAUGAUGUUUAUCCACCAAUUAAUCCUGGUGAGUGUUUUUUUUUUUGCGUGAGGAAAAUCUAAUUGUCUUGUUACAUUGAAAAUAUUAUUUUAAAAGAUUGGGUAAUUUCUAGAGUUACCUUAUCCUUUGAAAAUUACGGAAUCUUUGAAGCAGAGAGAUUUUCCCUGGAAAUUUAUACACUAUGAGACAAUUCAUAAAAGUCUUUAGAGAUACUCUAACUUCUGUAGAUACUCUAACUCCUGGCAUACUUUCUGUUGAUUUUUAUAACUGUAAACAAGGGAGAAAUGUAAUUUAACGUGAUAUUUUUUGAUAUCUUUCAAAAUGAACAGUUCAAAAAUUGCAUCACUGAAAAAGGAAAUAUUUUUCGAAAGAUAGAUUAUUUAUCAUUAAAUUGUGAAUGUGUUUUGUUUAUUUCUUCUAAAUUUUCUUCUGGUUUUCUCUGGGUAAAAUAAUGAAUUUUUCAUAUAAUUCCGUGCUUUCAGAAUUUCUGAAUCUUUCAAUUAUUUUUCAAAUUCAUUUUCCUGUUUCGCAAGUUAGGAAAAUUUUUUGUUUGCUGUCCUUUCAAAAAUUAUAUUUUCGAAACCCUCCAUCCAUCCUAAAAUCAAAAAACAUUUCCAGGUCCAACAAAUCCCGAUGGAAGUGUGAACUUCGAAUGUCAUUGUGUUGGACAUCUUGUUGCAAGUCCCUGCGGAUAUGAAUUUCGGUACGUUUUCUUAUUCAUCUUUUGUUUUGUAUCUCAUAUUAUUUUCACAGAGAAGCGAUAAGUUGUCAAAAAGAAUCGACUGAAGAACAAAUGGAAAAUGGUGCUUGCGGUCAACAAUUGAUGGCAUUCAUGGAGUGUGCGAUGCGAACACAAUGCUUCAAAAGUUAGUUUUGUUUGAAAUUUUGAUUAUUCAUACAUUUAUAAACAUUUGUUUCAGCGAAUGACGAUGAGAAAAAGUGA